GGUUUUGUUGCCUGCGCGCGCCAUUUGUUCCAGCAACGGUUGGGUCAGAGAGUAUCUGGCCGGCCUCAAAACGUAGCUGUGUGCGCGACGAUCCAAGAGUUCUUUAUUCGUCUUAACUUAGAGACCCGUUCAUGUCCUCUUGGUCUGCCCCCUCUUACCCACUCCCGCCUCGGCGUUCCCGCUCCCGCUCACCCCCCAGAGGUGCAUACGUGUCGCGCCCUCCAUACCCAGACCCGGUCUAUUUUCAGGACCACCGCGGAGGUGCAUGGGAUCCGCUCGAGAGGGACAGAGCUUGGAACGAGUAUGACAGGGACCGUGCCACUUACGACUAUGCUCGUCGAGGUCGUAGUCGCAGUCCCCCUCCAUCUGACGACACUCGAAAACGUCGUCGUUCAAUGUCUCCUUACGACCGUGAGCGCUAUGACCCUCGGCCUCGUUAUGGCGAUGACUAUGAUGCUCACAAUCGUUCCUAUGGCUACAGGUCCCCUCCCCGUGCACAAUUCCCUCCUGCGCCCUACCCUCCGUCGAGGAGAGCUCCUCCGGACCCUCGUUCCAUGGACCACCCUGCCACUCUGAAACAAUAUGCAGAGUGGUUUAGGUACUACUUCUCCCAACAGGCCCAGGAGGAAGAUACCUUGGACAAGGCUGCCGAACAAGAGGCCGGUGACGGUUCUAAGCCACGAAAUGGUAUACGCUCGCGGUGGGAAAAAUACAAGAAGGAGUUUUUUGCUAACCAGUUGCAAACUAUGUUCGAUCAUCACCGGAAGUCUCCCUGGUUUGCAGAGAAGUAUGACCCUUCACCCGAGUUUGUCGCGCUGCGUCGUCGCGUUAGGAAGGAGGGCUGGAAGGGAAAGCAAGACUUAUUCCUUCAUGACCUGGAGGCUGGGAAGUAUGACCCCGAUCUCAAUGAAUCUGAAUCAGAGUUGUCUGUAGCCAAAGAGGGUAACACCUCUGGCGGCCUUGGUGAUGGCACAGCGCCGGAGGAGGCGAAGAAUGCGGCAGACGAUGACAUGCAGUUCAAUAUGGAUGCUGAAGAGGACGGUGGUGACCACGAGGCUAACCGUGCAGAGGUGAAUGGGAAGGGAUUCGUCGACAACAGGCGGGGUAAUCGUGGUGAAGAGAUAUCUGUGCUACCUGAAGGGAAUCAAGUCAUGAUCCGUACUAUUCCCCCAGACAUUGGGCGGCUCAAACUUGAGGAGGCUUGUAACAAUGUUCCGGGUUUCAUGUAUCUAGCUUUGGGUGAUCCACUUCAGAAACGAAAUUUCUAUCGGGCAGGCUGGAUCAGGUUCCGUGACGAUGCAGAUAUGACGGCCGUCAUGAAUGAGUUGACAGAUAAGAAGAUCGAGGGGUUUAAGCUACACGUCACACACAACACGAAACCCUUUGUCAAUCGUGUCCGUUAUGUGCCGGAAGUCGCCGGCAAGCCGGAUCGGAUUGAGAAGGACCUCGCGAAUGCGAAGGUUUUGGCGUCCAUAUUGGAAGAUGAGGCUGCUGCUCUCCGGAAGUCUUCUCCGUCCUCUGCGGGUGGCGACGGCAUGGAUACAAAUGGGGAUGGUGUGUCAGAACAGGUGCCGAUAGGGGAUGCGCAUGCAGGCAAUGAGGACGAUCCAGAGCCCAAAGAAGGUGGAUCACAGGCUGUGGAGCGGAGGAUUGAGAAAAUAUUGGCGGACUUACGCGAACAGGGCGUCGAUGAAAAGACCAUAGAGGCGAAAAAGCCGGUAAUUUCUUUGGAUUUGUAUCUUGCCUAUCUCCGCGCAGCAUACCACACGUGCUAUUAUUGCGCUGUUGUCACCGAUCAUGCUGAAGAAUUGCAGCGUAAGUGCCUGAAGCACGUGAGGAAACCCCUGUCGAAGUCCACGCUUGAGGAAGUUAAAGCGGUUGAAGCGGAGAAGGAAAAGAAAGAUGACGAGAAAGAAACUGAUACAGCGAAUACGAGGCCGCCUGAGAAUAGAGAUUGGAAGAGGAAUGAUGAACGCUGGCUGGAAUGGUUCGACUCGAAGAUUGCUCUUCUGAUCAACAGGGCUGGUGUUGAUCCGCGCGACUACGGCGGGAAGAGCUUUGAUGAUGAACUUUCGAAAGCCGUGGAACCCUAUAUUAAACAGGAAGAUGAGGGCCGUUUCCGGUGUAAGACUUGCCAAAAGCUUUUUAAGGCAACUUCGUUUGUGGAGAAGCACAUCGCGAAUAAGCACCCUGAACUUGUCAGGCAAUUGGAUGAGGUUCCGUACUUCAACAACUUCGCUCUCGAUCCUCACCGAAUUCAGCCUUUUGCACAUCCUCCUCCCGCGACUGGUAACAAUCAAGCUCCUCCACAAGCUUAUGGCAUUCAGGGACCAACCGUUUAUCCUCCGGAUUAUGGGCGACCCAAUUCGUAUUACGGUGUUCAUCCUCCGACCUAUGUUCCGCCGCCUCCUUAUGUAAACGCUGGCUAUUGGGAUCAUUAUGGCUACCAGUACGGACCAGCUGCUGCUUUCCCUCCCGUACCUCCCCGAAGGGAAGAGGUUAUGACAGCACGUCGCCUGAGUGAUCGUAUCAGCGGCUAUGCAAUGGGAUUCGACCAGCAGACCUCGGAGAUCACAUUGCCUGUUGGUGCCGGCCUGCCGCCCAAGCCUGCUGUGACAAUGGAUGCACCACUAGAUAGCGGCCAUAGAAAGGGUGGUCGGCGUCAGGGUGUGAGCGGUGGGCCACCACCCCCACCGCCGCCCGAUGCCAGGGAGGAUCCUCGAGCUGCUGCGGGAAAGAAAGUCAGCUACCACGACAUGGACCUGGUUGCUGAGGGGGACGUUGAGCUGACUUAUUAAUUUACCUUACCAUACGAGUCUUUUGUUAUUUCAUAUAUCGCUUCCCUCGUUUGAAAUGCACUGGUGCUACUGGAA